CUUAUAUUACUCCUCUAACUGGACUGGCAAAAUGGGUCGGCCGAUGCGAAUUUCCUUCGUAUCGGUGGCCACACAAACAAGUCCUUUGGACUUGCGUGACAAUGUGGUCUCUUGUCCCACCAAAGACCACGGGGGAUUGCUGGAGAUAAGAUUUGAAAUAAGGGGAUUGGAGUUUGUUAAUUCUGAUCUGGUGGGUUUGGAAGGCCAGCAAUCCUCCACUUUGCUUGACUGCCUGGCUUUACUUCCUGAGGUGUAUGAGGUAUCUAACUCUUUAAGUCUCAGGGACAAGAACAUCUGUCCAACUCCAGUGGAGGAAGAGAACGAAGAGGAGGAGGAGUCCUCACCUCUCGGGGCUGCGGCCAGGAUCUCCCCAUUGCCAUCGACUCCGGUCGCGCGAUCUCGUGACGAUCUCCCAGCGGAGGGUACUCCUGUGGUGAAGAUCCCGGACAAGAAUACAGCAUGUCCGUGUUGCGGUAUUGUGGCCGGUAAAUUGUCGGGUUUAAUUGAACAUCUGAAAAGAGCACAUGGGAAGAAAAAGAUCUCAUUCCAAUGUGCUCGGUGUGGGAGAACUGAUGUGAGACACCAUAGUAUUGCCUGUCAUUUUCCUAAGUGCAAGGGGCUUGUGGAAGCCUCUCCCGAGAGGGGUUGGAAGUGUGAGGUCUGUGAGAAAACAUUCGAAACAAAAAUCGGCCUGGGGCAGCAUAAGCGCUUGGUCCAUCCAGUCACAAGAAAUCUUGAGCGGAUUUCCGCUGCACGCCCUAAUGCAGGUACAAUGCGAGGGGCACAUCGUCGGUGCUGGACCGAAGAUGAGGUAGAAUUAUUGAGAAAGUUGGAUAAACAAUAUGAGGGGCAGAAAAACAUCAACAAAUUGAUUGCGGAGCAUAUUCCGACCAAGACGACAAAACAGAUAAGUGAUAAAAGACGGGACCUUCACAAGAGCCCGGUGAAGAAGGGAAAAGAUCAAGCUCGAGAGAAACAUCUAGAAUUGAAAGGGGAAUACCCUGAAGAAGGGGAACAUCUUGUGUGCGCUGGAUCGAAGACGGAGGGGGGACUGAGGUCCUGUUACCGAAAGACAAUUUCCGAAUGGGUAACAUCUGGAAAAUUGUCCAUUCUCCAUGCGAUGUUUGAGCAGGUGAUCGAAGGGAAGGAAGAUCUAACAACAGUUACUGAGAAGGCAACGGAAGACUGUUUUGCAUGCCUUGCCUUUAAGUCCUCUGAGUUGAAAGCGGGCCAGGGUCGAUCGCAUCAGGUGGCCCAAAUUGCUCGGCCUUCGGAACCACCAAAGGAGUGGAUGAAGAAGAGAGCUGUGAAACGGGGUUAG